ACUUAAAAACCGAAAAUGUCACGUUCUUUUCUGAUGGAUUCCCUGCUCAGCGAUAGGCCCAACUUGAGCCAGAAGAAGGAGAAACUGGGAUCGCCAGGAGGAAGUGCCUCAUCCGCGGCAGCAGUGGCCGCGGCUGCCAUGUUGCCAUCGAUACCCAUGUUGCCCUAUCCAGCCAGCUAUGUGGGCAGCUAUCUCUUCUCCCUGGGAAUCCAGCAACAGCAGCAGCAGCAGCAACAACAGGCAGCUGCAGCAGCAGCAGCAGCCGCAGCAGCUGCACUGCAGCAACAUCCACAUGUCAGCUCCAAUCCGGGUUCCCUAUAUCAUCCAUAUGCCCAGUUGUUCGCCACCAAAAGGAAAUCCAGCGGUUUCGCAAACUACGAAGGAUGCUAUCCUUCGCCACCGCUCUCAGCCAAUCCCAACUCCCAGCAAUUGCCUUUGCAUAAUAUCUAUGGAUCCCCAGUUGUGGGAGGAUUACCUCUACCCGAACCUGGUAGCUUCUGCACUUCGCCAUCCGCUUCUUCAUCGGCCUCGCUGGAUUUCACCAACAACUUCGAUGAACCCCAGGGAAAGCGAUUCAAGCACGAGUCCUCCUGCUCGCCCAACAGCUCACCUUUAAAGGUCCCCGCUUCGGGAGUUCCUGCGGAAAUCACUCCACUGAUCAACGAUUAUGCCGACUCCAGCAAAAGGAUUCGCACUGCCUUUACCAGCACUCAAUUGUUGGAACUCGAGCGGGAAUUCUCACAUAAUGCCUAUCUAUCCCGCCUUCGUCGCAUCGAAAUCGCCAAUAGAUUGCGUCUCUCCGAGAAGCAGGUGAAGAUCUGGUUCCAGAAUCGACGUGUCAAGCAGAAGAAGGGCGGUUCCGAAAGUCCCACAUUCAAUCUGUCCACCAACUCCAAUGGAAGUCCCCAGGGUUCUCCAGUAUCUCCGACCCAAGUCAAGGUUCACGAGCUGAAAGUGGAAGCGUAA